GAGUCACGAACAUGGCUUUCGUUCGUAGUUGAUCGCGGUUGAUCGCAGUCGGGUGGCACCGGUCUCUCGAGCGGAUUUCCCCCCGAAAAAAGCGUCGUUCGACACGGCCCUGGCACGCUGCGACGCGGCGCUCACCGUCGACCGGAUGCGAUCUCGGCGAGAUCGGACCGCGCAGACGGCACGACGCAGGAAUCGUUUCAGUGGCGGAGCGCGCGUGCUCGCACGCGAACCAGUUCCUCGUGCUAGAACUAGCGUGAAACGCGACACCCUGUCGAACGAUACCCGCCGUACUCUUUCCCUCGUUAGUCACGCGUUUUACGUCGGUGUAACGCGCGUUCGAAACAGUGUUACAACAGUGAAGUGCGAGUGCUUCGGGAUUGGACCGACGGGAAACGAACGACGUCGCCACCGUCGGCACGCUGCGCCAGUGGUUCUUAACCUACACCUCGUUGUUUCGCGGUGUGUCUUGGAGCAGUAUGAUUCUCGGCGCAACCCUUGUCGAAGGCAUACAGUAUAUGCAAGUGUUAGGGUGUCCUAGUGCGUUUUGGAAGCUUCGUUUGUCGAAGGAAUCGGUGCUUGGUUAAGAUUCGCUGUAACGUUUGUGACACUGAUGUUUGGGACCACAGAAACCGAGCCAGCCCCGACGACCUAGACCGAUGAAUCCAUGUUGAGGAGUCGCCUGCUGCCCAGAGAACGUUUUACCAAAAAUCGACGACGUGGUUGAUCAUUGUCGAAGCAUAAAGAGUCCUCUUUCGCGCGGCGAAAGCGUGUGCACGACGGGAAAGUGUCUCUCGGUCAUGGAGGAUCGGGAGAGUCCGUUCUCUCGGAGCCAGCCGAGCAGAGGCUCGAUUCGAUCGCAAUUCGGUCGAAAGAGCUUCGCGACGGAGGGCCAGCGCCAGGUUACGCCUCGACAGACCAAAGAAGCGAGUCCUAGAUCGACGACAAGGUUCAAGCCGGCUCAGACCGCGCUGGAGAACCUGAAGCAGUGGGAGUUGGUGGAAGGCGAUCGUGGCCUACGCGUGGUGGAGAAAAAAGGCUCCGUCAGUCCCCGAUCCAGCAUCGUGGAACAGUCCUCGAGUCCCAAAAGCCUAGGACCGCCCACGACGGCCAAGAAGACGGCGCCAGCGAACUUCCGCAUCGACCCCAGCCUACAGGAGAAGCUGAAGGCGUUCAAGGACUCGAAGAUCAUCCAGCCGAUCGCGAUGGAUCCCGGAGACACCGGCGUCCCGGUCAGCCUCGAUCUGAUACUGAACCAACAGAAAGCCUCCGCCGUCGAGAGCACGGACAUGCUUCAAAGAUUGGAGCUCCAGGUCAAGGCCAUCGAAAUGGGCACGCUCGCGGCCAGAACCACGCGCCCGCUGGAAGCCAGCUCGGAUUUCGAGCCGGAAGUCCAGCUCCGAUACAGAGAGCACGAGGAUCUGCUUCGUAACGUGACGGACGACGAGGCCGAGGGGUCCUCCCCGUUGCAACGAGGAGAGGCGACGAGGAACUCGACCGGAAACACGGGGAUCACGACGAAGAAGCCCGCGAAGAAACUGUCGAGGACCGCCUCGGACACGAGGCGAGGUCAGGUACUGCACAACAGAGUGCAGCAGCUGCACGAGCUCGGCCGACACCUAAACAAUGCCAGGGGGACGUCGAAGGUUGGGCACAAGGCUGGUCAGAAAGAGAAGGAGACAGGGGAUGGCGUGGGAGUGUCGAGUAGCGGUGGUCGGCUCUCCUCGAGGAGUCGGACAUCGGAGGAGCCUCACAUCGGCAAGUACAAAUUACUCAAAACGAUCGGCAAGGGCAACUUCGCCAAGGUAAAACUUGCCAAGCAUGUGCCCACCGGGAAGGAAGUGGCUAUCAAAAUUAUCGACAAGACUCAACUGAAUCAAAAUAGCCUUCAAAAGUUGUUCCGGGAAGUGAGGAUAAUGAAGAUGCUCGACCAUCCGAACAUAGUGAAGCUUUUCCAAGUGAUCGAGACUGAAAAGACACUGUACCUGGUAAUGGAGUACGCAAGUGGCGGCGAGGUGUUCGACUACCUGGUCCUGCACGGUCGUAUGAAGGAGAAGGAAGCCCGCGCGAAAUUCAGGCAGAUCGUGUCUGCCGUGCAAUACUGCCAUCAAAAGAAGAUCAUCCACAGGGACUUGAAGGCGGAGAACCUGCUCCUCGAUAGCGAGAUGAACAUCAAGAUCGCCGACUUCGGUUUCAGCAACGAGUUCACGCCAGGCAGCAAGCUGGACACCUUCUGCGGAUCGCCGCCCUACGCGGCGCCCGAACUCUUUCAGGGUAAAAAGUACGACGGACCCGAGGUAGACGUCUGGUCGUUGGGGGUAAUAUUGUAUACUUUAGUGUCCGGCUCACUGCCUUUCGACGGUUCGACGUUAAGGGAAUUGAGGGAGAGGGUGUUGAGGGGAAAAUACCGAAUUCCGUUUUACAUGUCCACCGAUUGCGAGAACCUCUUGAAGAAGUUUUUGGUGCUCAACCCGACGAAACGGGCCUCAUUAGAGGUACGUGGAGACAAGACUAUAAUGAAAGACAAAUGGAUGAACAUGGGAUACGACGACGACGAACUAAAACCGUACUUAGAACCCGAGCCUGAUUAUAAAGACCACAAGAGGAUAGGUGAGUCUGCCAAGGCCCUGGCUAGUAUGGGGUACACGAGAAGCGAUAUAGAAGAUUCCUUAGAACAAGCCAAGUACGAUGACGUGUUUGCCACGUACUUACUACUAGGAAGAAAGACCACCGAUCCUGAGUCGGACGGUUCGCGGUCAGGCAGUUCAUUGUCAUUGCGCAACAUUCCGCCGCAAGCUGGUUCAGGUGGAGGUGGAGGAGGAGGAAGCGGAGGAGGCACGGGUGGCGCCGUGCAGAGUCCAUCGCACAGAGGUGUUCACAGAAGUAUUUCCGCUAGCAAUCCAAAACCCAAUAGGCGGGUUUCCUCUGUUAUCGAUUCGUUUCGGGGAGCACCGAGUCCAGGAAACGCGACGAAUCAUAAUCACGCGACUGCAGCGACUGGUGGAACUGUGACUGGAAGCGGUGGUAGUAAUUUAAAACGACAGAAUACCGCAGACACAGCUACGAUCAAGGAGAACAGUACUCGUGUGUCCGCGAGCCGUCCAUCGGCUCCGAAAAACAGUCCAGGGCAAUUAGACACUAUGACAAUGUUCAUUCUAGGCGUGGGUACAAGUCCCGGUGGUAGGGCAUGGGCAGGCAAGAGCAACACGAUGAAUACAGGGGUAGGUGGUGGUAGGCCACUCACCUCACCUGCCCCUGGUUCUGUUGGUCGGCGUAGUACCAUCUCCUAUGAUCAAGCGAAAACGUCCUCCUCGUCUACCGAAAGAACCAACGAUCCACCCAGCCUGGGCGAGGGCACUAGACCAACGCGGGGUCACACCAAGUCUGCGAGCAUCAGCGCAGGUCACCGUUCCUCGAGUGGCGUACCCCCCAGCGACCAUUCACUACUGGACCCACAACCACGCAACGCCCACAACUCCUUACUCGCCACUGCUGACCCUCUUAGACAGAGCUUGGGUGUAUCUCCAAGUAAUAGACUGGCAACACCUACAACACCAGCAUUUCCUCGAAAUGUUCCAAGUCGUAGCACGUUCCACUCUGGCCAAAAUAGAGCGCAACGAAAUCAUACUCAGGGUCACACUCACACACAGGACACGAAUGCAAUUAGCCCGCUAGCGAGACCGUCCUUUUUCUCAAAAUUAUCCUCGAGGUUCUCCAAACGCCCCAUGGACCCAUCCGUACCCCCCAAGCACCCAGUAGUGAGCGGAGCAACCACUAACGAUGAGCAGGUUAAACCACGCAGUCUACGUUUCACUUGGAGUAUGAAAACUACCAGUAGUCGAGAUCCAAACGAAAUCAUGUCCGAAAUUCGAAAGGUACUGGACGCCAAUAAAUGUCAGUACGAACAACGCGAAAGGUUUCUGCUGUUGUGCGCGCACGGCGACGCGGCGACAGACAGCCAGGUACAAUGGGAGAUCGAAGUGUGUAAACUGCCACGACUCUCUCUGAACGGCGUGCGUUUCAAACGCAUCUCAGGCACAUCGAUCGGUUUCAAAAAUAUUGCCAGCAAGAUAGCGAACGAGCUGAAGCUGUGACUGCCGACAACUGGCUCCUUAGCCGCACGCGCCAACCCAUAACGCCCUCGUGAUCGAUCGCACGGACUCCUCGCGACCAACGACGACGCCGACGACGACGACGACGAUGACGGCGACGAUUUCGAUUCCUCCUUCUUCUGGGACUCCGAUUCCGAUCACGAUCAUUGCCCCGCCCCUGAUCCCGAUCACGAGUCGAACACACGUGAGAUCUUUGUUUGACCACCUAAAAGCAGUCCCAGUAGAGCAACGGGGAACGAAGGUCGACGAAGUCGUGGUCUCGUUGAUUUCAUCGAUCGCGAGUCCCGUAAUCGUUCCUCUCGUAAGCAACGCAACAGAAUGCCUGCCUGGAACGCCUGUGAUCCGUCGGGCUUUGAACACGUACAUUAAACUCAAAAUACUCUCCCGAGUGCCAAACUGUGGAACUAGGUCGGAAUUGUCGAGAACGAGACAAUUGGAAAAACUGACGAGAGACAAGACAUAAGUUUUUUGGGGUGAGUCGGAGGAGAGAGCGCGAGUGCCGCGUACGCGAUGCGGAGAAGAAAAGGGGAGAACGAGGAUGGGAACGGAAAGAGGGGAAUCCCUGCCGAUCGACCGCGCACGCGCGUAACAAAUCGUGGCGUCGAACCGCCGCCGAUUGUCGGUGCAGUAGUGCUCGGGUAAAUGAGAACAUUUCUCUCACCUGGUUAACGAGAAAGUUUGUAUUUCUGUUUGCAGGUACACCGACAGGCGGUGGUGCAAGCUGUACAUUUUUAUAUAUAUAUCUCGUUUUGUAUGCAUGGAAACAGUGUUUGGAGUAACGUUUGUAAAAUUAUGUCUGACGCGAUAAUGGUCUUGACAAACUUUGCAAAUUCUUGAUGGAAAUGACGCCAAACACUGGAGAAACAUAAAAGUCUGCUGUUUGCAUUAGCGUUUGUCGCGUCGAUACUCCUGCAAACACCGAACACCGGUUUGAAGUUCGGUAGCCGAGCAAUAGGGACGGAGGGAAUCGUUAUCUAGAUAAAAAUGUGUAAUAACGCGUAAAAGUUGGACAGCUUUCUAUCCGUUAUUCCAUCCAAGUGAAAGUUUAUCUAAAUAAUUGUUCGAUCGGAUGAUCUCUGUUCUUAAAUCUACGAUACUUGCUCUCUGCUUGGGGACGGUAGAUCGAUUUUUUAAACGAAUCCGCUACCAAACCUUAUUUUCUCAUUUCGUCGGGCACUACUGCGAUUCGAGAUACUUUUCGUUCGCGACGAUUACGAUUGAAGCACCGAAAAACCACCGUACUCUUUCGAUAAUGUCGGACGAUCCGUCGCUGAGCCGCGGCUCGUCUUACACAGUAUUAUUUAUUUCGGAGCCGUUGGCUCGAUGGAUGUUGCUGCUGAGAAAAAGAAGAGGAUCUUCGUUUCUUCUUUGUCCUUUAAUUUGUCCUUUCUUCUCGCUCAACGGGUUAAGAGAUUACGAACUAUCCGAAAACGAGAGAUACGAUUAUUGUAUUUCAACUGUGCCUAACGAUGAAGAGUUUUCUCGGAACGGAGAGUGAAAAGGGGGAGGGAAGGAAAGGAGGGGAAAAUGUGUGCAGUUCGUAGAGGAAAAAAGGGCUGGUUGUUGUACCGCGAAAAAUGAAAGACGUUCGAUGAAUGCGUAUAUAUACGUAUAUACAUAUGCAUGUACCGAACACCUGCGACGCGAAGAGUCUUUCUUUUCGCGAGCCUUGUUGUCACGUCGAUGAAAAUUACAUUCUCGCAUAGUAUAAAGCGGCACAUUUCUGAGGAAAGCGAGAGGUCUAUUUGUAAAUAACCGAUCAAACUUCUCGGGGAAAAACUGAAAACCUGUAAAGGAACACGUAGAAUUGUACUCAUAACAAAAUUACCUUCGCACACUUAUCAUCCUCCAUUUAGCGUUGACAGGAAUUCAACCGUUUUAAACGCGGCGCGCGAACGUCACCGACGCGCGCGUCGUAUCAUUUACUUUUUCGAAUAUUUUUACGAUACUUUACCUUCUCUUUCUUUUCUUUUUUUUUUUUUUUUAUAUUAUAAGUUUAAAGCUAUGCAACACUAUAGACGUUAGCCGAUUAAUCAAUGCGUAAGGAUAACUAUUAUUAAUAUUAUUAUUAUUAUUAUUAUUAUUAUUACUACUACUAUUAUUAUUAUUACGAUUAUUAUUAUGAUUAUUUUUAUGCAUAGUAUACAAGUAAUAUUACGGCACAAUAUUAAACGAAAACGAUGGUGAAAGACGAAAAGGAGCUAUUAUUUAACGCAUUGUUUAGGGAUAUUAUCGUCGUCGAGCGAACCUACUCGAAAAGUAUUUCGCUACGAAUGAAUUCCGGGAUAUACCUUAGCAGCAAAAAAAAGGGACAACAACAACAACAACAACAACAACAAAUGAAAACACGCACGCGCGCACGACAACGUCGAUAAUGAGAUCUGUUAUUUCUACGAAGGAUACCAUAUAAGAGUUAUAUUUAAGUAUUGUAAUUGGCUAUACACUAUUACGCUAUUUAACCUUUUAUUCGCAGAUGUAUUCGCGGUUGAAUGAAAUUAAAUUAGGAAUUAUUAUUGUACAUGUAGAGGCGAACUAGAGAGAGACUUGGUGUAUAUAAAUAAUAUAAUAUACGAAGGUACUAAAUUAACCAAAUAAAUGAAGCCUCACACCAAGAACGUAAAUAAGAGAAACACGCAAAAAUGGAAAAUAUAACGCGAUGAAGAAGAUGAUGACGAAGAAGAUGCGAACGAAGCAGCGGAAAGGACAACCGAAAGGGGGGAAAAAGGAAGACAAACGUGUAACGAAAAACGAAAGGAAUGACGGAAUGAAAUCUCUCUCGGGGAUUCGAGUGUCGCGAACUUUUUAUAUUUGCCUAAGAUUAAUCGAGUAUCAUUACUUAUAGGCAAUGACUAAUUUAUUUAAAUAAAUACGAAAGUCGAAUGAUUUUUUCACGUUUCUAACACGCGCUGUAUACGCGCGCGCAUACAUACAUAAAUACACACGCAUACAUACGCGCGUACAAACAUAUACAUUACACCGACAAGGAUGCUUCAAACGCCGAGUAAAAACAUUUCAGACCCAAUUCAAUGUUUGCUCUCCGCGCACACAUACAUAACAUACACGUACACGUGCUCCUUCGAUGCGUGUCUCUUUUCAAAUCGACAAACGACUGAUAGCAACUAAGUACCGUCGACGGUCUGUAUAUCGAAAUUGUUCGCAUCUAAGAACAAAACUAACGAAAAAGAAGUUUUCGAUCCGCGACGGAAAAAAAAAAUAAUACUGUACGGCAACAGGCAUCGGGACUUAGCAUAACAAAAAAAAAAAAAAAACUUCUCCAUUCCUCCCCUCGCUACCUAAAACGAAACCUAACGAAGCAACUUUCCUUCUUCGCUGAAUCACCGACGGGGAGCUUCUUCGUGUCGUUCUCGAUACGACCCUGAGACGGACGAGACAUUUAUCUAGAGCGACUACUCAUUCGUUCUUUGUUCGAUGAAAAUAUUAUUCUAGGAUCGAUUCGUCGAAUUAAAACAAAUCGAAAAGUCCUUUUUCGUUUUGUAUUCCAAGGCUUCGAUAUCGAGAUACCUCGUGCGCCGUGAAAAAGUGUCAUGGCGGCGAUCAGCUGACUCGAAAUAAACUUUAGCUGCUUAUAUCGCGAUAACGGAACCUUGAACGGAACAAUGAAUUGAUUAUGAUAGAUAGGGCGUCUCGUGUGUCUGGAAACACCCUGUAAAAUUAUUUAAAACGAAACUGUGCCCGUCUCUAAGGCAGGACCUGGAGAAACAAAAUGUCCGCGGAGUGCGAUCCGAAAACUCCUCUUUUGUUGAUUCCCUUUCAUGUAAAAAGCAGCCGAUACGAAACAAAAAAAUGGGAAAAAACGAGAAACACCUAGUGCGUUUUAGUAAUCAAUGUUUGCGCGCGUUACAGCGAUCGUGCGUCACGAUAUAUAUCGAGAACUCCAUUGUAUAAUUCCGAGCGCGGUCGCCGUAACCCAAACGGACACACGACAAUUGUAGAAAAAAAAAAAAAAACAAAUUUGUCAUUACGAUAGCGGUUAUGAAUUAAUGUUACAGAGUAUAAGGAUCCCCUUCGAUAGCGUUUAAUGGUAUAUGCCUGUAAGACGCAUAAUAGGCGAAAAAGUGAAAAAAAAAAAACAACAAAUGAUUCUAUACCGUAACGAUAUAUACAUACACACACACACACCCCCAUCGUUCGCUCGUUCGCUCGCCGCUCGCUUGCUUUGUCAAAUAAAUGUAAAAAAAACAAAGUAAUUAUCGAUACUUAAUCAUGAUGAACACGCGUUCGAUGAAAGAGACUCGACGAUUUGAAUACAUGAGACCAGGGGGCGCUGAACGGAUGACACCAGGAGGUUUUUUUUUUUUUUAAUUUUUUUUUAUGAACAGCGAGCGCCGACAGAAAGUUUUUGUGAUUUUUGUAUGUAAGUAAUAAAGCGAGAGAAAGAAAAAGAAAUGGUUAUAACGAGUACGGUCCCGGUUAAAUCCGGUUCGUCAUCCAUCCAGCUGCAUCACUUCGCCCUUGCACGCACAUACACACAUGCAAUACAUACACGUGAACAGUUUGUAGAUAGAUACGUACAUACAGCUUUGCUAAGUGUUUUCUGGUGAUCGGUAUCUAGCCAACAAAAUGUAGCAGAAACAUUUAUAAUAAAAUGGUAACACACAUUGUU